AUGAGCACAAGUUUACCUGUUGUAAUAUCGUGCCUCAAGCAGUUCAAAGCUAUCAAAUCCUCUGAUCAUUUGAAGGUAUACAGUACUCAGGUCCCACAGGCGCUUUGGCAAGAUGAGCUGGGACGCUUACGGGUCUGGGCUGCCAAUAUCGGUGCUCAUCAAACAGGCCAGUCCUCCUUGGACCAUCGACUUCGCGAUGCGUCGCAUAUCAAAGAUCAGACACUCCGAGUCCUGAGAAGGUUGCAGAGACUGAUACAGGAUCUUUACGAUGCCCUUCAUUCAGAAAGUGUAUCCGAAGAUCUAUCGGAUUCAGACGAUGAGGAAGGGCGAAAAUCAGAGAUGCAGAUAAUCUACCAAGACCUUCACGAUACGAUCAGUCAUCUCUUCCAAUUAUCGAUGAUCAUUCGGAAACCCGCGCAGCAUGAUCGCUUUUGGGGAACGAAGCGGUCCGAUGCUGCUGGCUUCGAACCCUUCGAUCGACAACAUGUCAUAGACAAGUAUCCUCAUGCAGAAACCAGUGUUUUAGAGCGUCUCGGUUUAGCGAUAUCCCAGCGAUGA